AUGGUUUUGGAAGAUGGUUCAAAUCCUAUAGAAACCAUUAAACAUCCUGGGGAAUUUGAUACAAUGUUGAAAACAGUUUUAUAUCCUAAAGACUUCGAUUCAGUUUCAGGCUGGAUACCCGAUGUUGGUGUUGGAAGUGUUUUAAAAGAACCGAUAAGAAAUGUUCCAAACGAUGCGGAUGAAGCUAGAAUGAGAGUUAUUACUCGAAACAAAAUAGAAAGAGUAGGACGAGCAGCUAAUCAUGGAUUCGAAACACGAGUACUUCAGUAUAACAAUGUUGUUGAGAAUAAUAGAAAACCUGCGGGUGAAAGAGUUAUGACAGACAUUUGUUAA